CAGAGGGCGCGAAAGACCGUUGGAGUUCAAAACUGAAGCUGCGCGCGCACAGCAAAACACCGGCGGUUGCAAGAAGAGAGUUGGGAGACGUGAAGAUCUCAACAUUUAACAUUUAAUUUAACUUUACUCGACAAUGUCUUCAGCAAAAAAGCAAAUUUACUACUCCGACAAGUAUACCGACGAGGAGUUCGAGUACAGACAUGUCAUGCUUCCCAAACAGUUGUCCAAACUGGUGCCCUCCGCCCAUUUAAUGUCCGAGGAGGAAUGGAGAGGGCUGGGUGUCCAACAAAGUCAGGGCUGGAUCCAUUACAUGAUACAUAAACCAGAGCCCCAUAUUCUGCUUUUCCGAAGACCACUACCCAAAGAAUGAGAUGAAGGAGGAUUACAAUCAGAAGUUAAAAGAUGUGGUCGGCUCUGACCGUGUGCGCAUUUCCUUCCAUAAGUUAUGAUUUGUAUAUAAGUUUUAUUAUUUGCAGAUCUGUGGUAACGAAAUGUUACGCCCUCUCCCCGACAACCUUACAAUUGGCCACAGGUGCUCCGAGGGGAAAAGGGUGGCAUAUAAAUCUGUUCAGAAGUGUUUAGAUAUACACAGAAGUGAAUUUAAAUAAGUUGGAUGGUGUUUCAGAUCUAGUAAUCGCCCCUGUUGUGAAUAGAAGGAAAGGUUUUGAGUAAUGUUUUGUUGUACACUACAAUGCUUUCCCUUUACAGAACUAAUGUAGUUAACAUCUCACAUCUCAUGUUAACAAGUAAAUGCUUGUUUGUUUUUUAUUUGUUGUUGACAAAUCAAUAAAUGUUAUUUUUAUUAGCUUA